CGGAAGUUGUUGUUAGGCUCACGUUUUCACCCUUGAUUUAUUUACAUCAUUUGCGUGUUACAGACAGCUAAGGAUGAAUCGAUUGCUGUCCAAGUCAGUCUUGUCAAGAGCUCACAAUACAUUUUGCCGCUUGGCAGCAGCUAGAUACGCAUCAGAUGCCGGCAGUAAGGAGAAUCUUGAAAAACUGGUGCAAAACAACAAAGUGGUGGUGUUCAUGAAGGGCACACCUGAUGCUCCAAGAUGCGGAUUUAGCAAUGCUGUCGUACAAAUCCUGAAUUUCCACGGCGUUGAUAAUUACGACGCACACAAUGUACUCGCUGACGAAGAUCUCAGACAAGGUGUGAAGGAUUUCAGUAACUGGCCAACUAUUCCCCAGGUGUAUUUGAAUGGAGAGUUUAUUGGAGGCUGUGAUAUUCUACUGGACAUGCACAAAAAUGGAGAACUAAUUGAGGAAUUACAAAAAAUUGGAAUAAGAUCACAACUUCUUGACCAUCCGGACAAGCAAGCCUAGUGCUAACGUGUGUAGGUAUGAUGUGGCCGAGAGUGCAGAAAACAUAUGGAUAUUGUCUAAAAUAUAUUAAUGCUGUACCCAGGUUAAAGAUUGUGUCUUGAAUAUUCAGAUCUGUGUUCUCCAUGAUAUUGUUCAUAGUUGUGCAUUAUAACAGAAAUGUUUCUGGAUGGAUCUGAACAAUUGUUUUAGUUGUCUUAAGAAAAGGGUUUGCUAAUAAAAAUAGUUCAACACUU